ACCAGUCAAGUCUUUCUGUUUUUCAGUGAAAACUUGUGUCAAACACAGAGAUAAUGUCUGAUAAAGAGAAGCUUUUGGAGACACUGAAAGAUUUGACAGAUGAAGAAUUCAAGGAGUUUAAGUGGUAUCUGCAGAACCCUGACAUCCUGGUAGGACUCCCAGCCAUCCCAAAGAACCAGCUGGAAAACACAGACCGGCCGGACACCGUCGAUAAGAUCACACAGGCCUUCAGCCAUCAGUCUGUAGAAGUGGUGAAGAAGGUUUUAAAGAAGAUUCCCAGGAAUGAUCUGGUGGAGAAAUUAUCAAGCACCGGCCCAGGAACACAAGGCGUGUUUCCGGGGAAGCAACCUGAGGCCUGUUCUCCGCCCAACACAUUGUUGGAGGCCCGACCCUCUCUACAGACCCCUACCCCACCCCAGACCACCAGCCCCAGUGCAUCCACACUGUCUGCACCAUCUCAACCUACCACCCUGCAUCUGAACCCUCCGGUGGACAAAGCUCAGAACACCUCAUCCAAGUAUGACAACAUCACCUGCAAAGUUCUUAUCCAAUCAGGAUCUCCCACUCUCUACCUGCUGAAACCAAAGGAAGAGAAGAUUGGAACUCUGAAACGAAUGACUCUUGGUGAAAAAUAUCCAGACAAGAUAAACAAAACCAUCUUACUUGUUGGUGAAACAGGAGCAGGAAAAUCUACUCUGAUCAACGCUCUGGUCAACAACGCUAUGGGAGUAGAGUGGGAGGACGAUGUCUGGUUUAAGAUAGUAGAAGAAGAGGAGAAGAAGAUAAGUAAAGCAGGGACUCAGACAUCAGAUGUGAUCGUGUACCAGAUCUUUGAUUUUGAAGAUAAACUGUCCUCCUACUCUCUGACCAUCAUCGAUACUCCUGGAUAUGGAGACACCAGAGGGACCGAACAUGAUGCCAAAAUCAGUGAAAGAUUAUUAGACUUGUUACAGUCAGACAAUGGAGUUCAUGAGAUUAAUGCAGUGGGUCUGGUGAUGAAAGCAAGUGUGACUAAACUGUGUGACCGUCAGAAGUACAUCUUAGAUUCAGUGAUGUCUCUGUUUGGAAAAGACCUGGAGAAGAACAUCGUCACUCUCAUCACACACUCAAAUGGUGUAACCCCUGUAAAUGCUCUACAAGUUCUCGAGGCAGGGAUGAUUAAAUGUGCCAGAGAUGAGAAGAAUCAACCUGUUCAUUUCCUGUUUGAUAACAGCCAAGAUGACGACAGAACAGAGAACAUAAGAGCCCUUAAACAUGCAAAUGCAACAUCAAUAAAAGGAAUGAAUCAGUUCACAAACUUUCUGGUAAAAACUGCACCUCAGAAGUUGGAGAUAACCAAACAUGUCCUGAAAGAGCAAAUCAGCCUGACAACCUGCAUCCAAAACCUGGAAGAGAGAAUUAAGUUGAUAGAUCUAAAGAAAACAGAGAUCCAACAAACUCAGGAUGGUCUGAAGAUGUAUGAAGAAGAGAUGAAGAACAAUGAGAAGUUCACUAUAGAAGUUGAUGAGGUCUACAAAGUUAAAGAACGUAUUGAUGGUGGGAAGUGGGGGUUGGGGUUCUAUGACAGAGCUGUCUGCUGUACUGUCUGUGAGGAGAACUGUCACUAUCCUGGAUGCACACUGGCCCGGUAUCCAGGACACUGUGAGGUCAUGAAAGAUGGCCGCUGCACUUCAUGUACCAGGAAGUGUCCUGUAUCAGAUCAUGUGAAAGAGAAAUGGAAGUAUGUGAACAAGACAAGAAAAGUUAAAAAGACGCUAGCAGAUUUGAAGAAAGAUGUACAGCACAAGGCAGAAAGUGAGGGCAAGUUGAACCUUUUGGAAGUUCUGGAGAAGAUCAUGGCUGAACUUCCGCAAGAAAACCAUCAGAAAGCUAAAAAAACUCUAGAAGAUGUGAAAGAAAAGUAUGAAAAGAUUAAAGCAGAAACUGAGAAGAAAGAGAGCCUUUUGGGAACUCUUCAGAAAGUGAUGGAAACCCUGGAAGCAAAGAAAACAGCUUUGUUGGAUGAAGCCUACCAGCAUGUUGUCAAACUGGAGCAGAUCGCCCUGAAUGUCCUUUCACUGUCUACUUAUGUCCACCUGGACUUCCUGAUUGAGGAGAUGGAGAAGAGAAAGGACACAGAGAAGGUCAACCAUCUAAAACAACUGGAAAGUGGAAAAGAUGAAAAAGUUCAGGCAGGGCUGCAGUACAUGUGUAGACAACUUCCUCAAAUGUUUCAAAAGAAAUAA